AUGGCUCGAUUGAAUGAAUCAACGACAACAACGACGGAGUCUAUCGAAGGCUUGAAGAGGCGGUUCGUGCGGCAGAACCGUGAAAUCGCCCGGGUCAAUUCUAUACAGUCCCUCCGCAUCCGUAGCCUCGAGUCGGAGGUUUCUCAUUUACUCGCUGAAAAUGUUUCUCUACGAGAGCAAGCAAUAACACUUAACCAGGAGCUAGAAAGAUACCAGGCUGUUAAGAUACUCCAGGAUGGAGUCUAUGACAUCAAGUCAAGACUAGAUGCUAAAUUGACGGAAUUGACCAUUCUGGUAACUGAGCUGGGUGAGCUACCGCGCGAUUACAGAAAAAAGCAAAAUACCGCGCAGAUCAGGUGCCCGACGCAGCCAUCACAGUCAGCCCUUAACUGGGAGCGCAAGACCGCUGAAAUGGAGCAGAAUUUCGCUUGUGAGGAGGAAGGAAAGCUUCCUGUGAUACUCGAAGACAAGUAUUUCCCAAGAAAGACGCUGGAGCCGCACGAUAUACAAGGUGUGCUCGACAGUGAUGCUAUUGAUCACCAGUCUCCGGCAUCUCGGGCGCUAGCCACCAUGGAUACAAAUUUUUCCAUCCCUCCAAACGAGGAGUCCACAGUCAACAGGUCGCUCGAGAGUUGGAUGAAUCCAAACUAUGCCGAUGUGCCCCUUCCACUCACGAAGGAUCAUGAAAAAGAGGAACGCGAACUUGAUGCGACGAUUUCAGAGAAUAAUCCUGCGGCUUACGACGCAAGUCCUAUGCGAACGAACCCGAUACCUGGACCGAGCCUGGGUGCAAAACGAAAGUUCUCGGCAGAUAUUGAAGACCGAUUCGAGAGUCCGCUGAAUGAGGACGACGAUUUUGAGUAUCGGCAAACUCGUUCUUCCCCCGGGACAGUCGACCCAAUCGACCCAACAUUCGGCAGAUCACCAUUUAAGGAAGACAAUCACCCACUUGAAGAAAGCAAGAAAAAUGUCAAGCAAGCAAGACGGAGGAUACUAAAACAAAAAAGCACUAAUGUCAGCAUUCCCUCGCCGAGAAAAGCUUUCAAUUCCAGGCUCGAUGAUGCACACUUCCCGCGUGAAGAUGCUGUCAUAGCAGCAAUUGGUGAUAAGGGGAAUGGGUCAGGCCUUGUAGAGGCUUCAUUAUACACGCAGAGCGAGGGUGAAACGCUCAGCCGAGCGCCGACGCACCAUACCUCCAAAGCAGAAGCCAGGAAUGUCGGUAUGGCACGCGAGGCAGUGAGUCUGGGGUCCCUGGCCAAAAUUGAUCGACUUGAGCAGCCAAAGUCGGGAGCGGAUACAAGGGAUGCAGUAGUAGGUGGUGCCACUGGGUCAUCUCGACCGACAAGGCGCCAGAGGGCUAUUGUGAGUUAUGCAGAGCCUAAUCUGCGCGAUAAGAUGCGCCGGCCGACGAACGAGUUAGUCGCAGCAGUGGGGGAUCGAACACGGAGACCCUCUAGCACAAUUGACAUCCCUAUGAGCACGGGAGAGGAUGGGGAUGCGUUUCGGCGGCGCAAGUCGGACACUGUCAAGUCGCAAGUUUUGGGUACUACAGGGACUGAUUCACCGUCACCUGUCUUAAAUCCAGCUAUGGCAUCUCCCUCAAAGAGUAUGAAGAUGGUGUCACAAAGGAAGCGCAAGGUCUCUCUCGCAGGCAGAUACGACCAUGCAACGACUCGCGAGACAGCCGAGGGGAGUAGUGAGCGUUAUGAUCAUCCGUUGACCGAUCUCGGGAAUCAAGACCAUGAGCCGGAAGGCCAAUAUACUGCUGCACUCUCAAUCAAGAAUAGUUCAGACGAAGGUCUCAGCAAGCGAUUAACAGAGGCCACCUGUGACAGUAUGGCAAAGACAAUAUCGCGUGCACACAAGCCACAGCCAGCUACUACUAGACAAUCGAAACGGCGCUCAUCGAGCCUAAAAGCCUCCGAACAAGAUACACUCAAGCCAGACGGGGCGGUCCAGGAUUCCCAAGAUAUCUCACCGAGUCUUUCCAAAGUAUCACCUAUCAAAGUCAACGAGAAACUUGAGCAACCCGAUCAUGACAGGCGUGCUUCAGCAGAAAUAUUUCAGAUUUCUUCGGCUACAUCCGUCUCAACGGAGACAAAGCAAGCUGGGCGAUCCCUGCGUGCCGCCGCGAGAAGAAGGAGUAUGAUGCUGUAG